UUUGCUCAUUCCUGGGCAUCCCAUAAAAGGUUGCUGAUUUGGAUUGGGAAGACGAGUAACUCGAGUGUUCUCGCUGAGUUAUUCCACUACUGUUUUUUUUUCUAUUUUUUCCUACCGAGUUGUGUGUCUUAGAAUAUCCCCUUCGUUCGCUGGAGAGAUAUUAGAGAAAAAAAAAUACUUCUUUUAUUUAUUGAACAAGCCAACUAUGAAACAAUAAAUCGUAGCCCAACACUCGGGUCAAUCAAAUCAAGAAGCGUCGAUUGAGGAGUGUGAAUAAAAUGCACAUUUCAUUUGCCUUCUUCUCCUUGGCGUUUUACACAGCAUGCGUCCGAGAUGCCCUUUGUUCAGGCCCACGGCUGAAGCAUAGGCCGUCAGACAACGAUACGUCCAGCAAACCUGAGGGUGUGUGGACAGUUCUGGAUCAAAAUGCCCCCAAACAUAAGCAUAAACACGUGCCCAGUUGCAUAUUAGCUCGAUUAAGGGUGAGCAUUGUGAUCCCUGUGCAACACCCUACGGGCGAAGUGACCAAUAAAACAAUCGUAGUGCCGGAAAAUGCGUCUGUCAGUGGGACAUGUGGGUCCACUCAGCAACGAAUCACGCUCAUGUGGAACAAUACGGCCGAAAGUGGGAAACUCGUCAAAACCGGACAACUCACGUUUUUAUUCGUCAAGAAGAACUCCAAAAGUCCGAUUUUCCUGUCUGGCGUCUGGGCCAGUAUGGACCUGUUUCUGGAGGAUGGCGUUCUCAAUUUACUGAAUGACGGGAAUCCCUCGCAGAACUUGAUGCUGGCGGCGCCCGAUUUGCACAUUUGGGAGACUCCCGCUCGAUUUGCAUACGUUUGUCACCACCAGUCCUUCAUUCCACUGCAGGCCACCACUUUGCCCACCCAAUUAGGCAUCAAUGAUAGUAACAUUGUCAUGGUGGACCCCGUGUAUGAGAAUGAAGCUUAUCUCGUGUUUCACGACUUGGCGGUGGAAGCAUUCCGCCACAAUCGAUUCGCCAAACAUUUCACUCAUUUGAAGUAUGAUUGUCGUAAGAAGUGGAAUUACGAUUACAUUCCAUACCUGGUUGGCACUGCUCUCGUCGCUUUGGUGGUGUUCGAUAUCCUCGUUUUUAUAUUCAGAAAACAGCUCGGCUGCGAUUCAAUUCUAAGCGAGGAGGACGAGAUCGAGGGAGUGGAUGAUGAUGAUGAUGAUGAUGUUGAACCCUUGAUCGUGACGGAAGACAGCGAGAUCGACAAUGCGGGAAAUGGGUCUCCCUCCUCUCGUCGAAGUUGAAUCCAAUGAGUUAUGAGAUUGGUUAGCUCAUUGUUUGUUAUGCUUGUAUUUGAUUGAUUUUUAAUGACUUCGUUGAUCUUAUGGAAUGGCAAUGAACACAUUUUACUGGCAAGUAAGAA